ACACCCAAGAUGGCGUCUAAUCAUAAACACUCCUGUUCGAUUUGUUUGGAUGAUUUUACACAACCCAAGAUACUUCCAUGUUUUCACACUUUUUGUCAAGACUGUCUGGAUGGUCAUAUCAAGGUACAUACUCAUCUCAACAAGUUCAACUGCCCAAUUUGCAGAACAGAGACGGAAGUUCCCAAGGGUGGAGCCAGUGGAUUUACAACAAAUUUCUACAUCGAAGACAUCGACAAUCAACAGACAUGUCCAAAGCAUAAGAAAUUGUUGUUAGACUUGUAUUGCCGUGAUUGUUCAACACCUAUUUGCUAUAAAUGUAAUGUGAUUGGCCAUGAAAAUCACAAGAAAGCUGACCUGGACGAAGUCGGCAUAGAAGCUAGAGAAAAGCUGGCAACAUUGAAACAGAAAUUAGAAAAGGAGGUUAAAGAAAUACUGUCAUUUACUCAUACUUUAACCAAAGAAAUAACCAAUAUCAACAAUUCAGCUGCUAGAGCCUGCGAUGAUGUUGAUAAACAAGUGAAGAAGAUCUGUAGUGCAGCGAUAAAACAGGGCGAGGAUGUAAAACAGGAAGUCAUUAAAAUACGAGAUGAAGAAUGUGAAAAGCUCCGGAAAUUACAGGAAGAGUUCAACAAAUUCGAAAAUCAACUCCAGACCAGUGUACAAUGUUCCGAUGAUGCUUUAAAGAGGGAGGCUACCAUUCCAGUUCUAGAUAUUUUACACAAAGUCCAAACAUUAGCAGAUCACCACGCAUCUAGAAGUCUCGAUUAUCCGGAAAUACGAUAUCCAGAUUUCCCAAUGGUAGACAUUGACCACCAGUCUUUAAAACAACAGCUGGGAGAUUUACAUGCGAUUAUCACAGGAACUUUAACAUCCACAUUUGAUACGAGUUUAAUGAAAGUAGAAAAAUCUUACUACAGUAAUGAUGCUGAAAUAUUCGGAUUGACGUGGUAUUUAGAAAUCGAUUACCACGAAGGUAGACUGGAUAUUAUUUUAUAUCUAAGGAAUCCAGCAGAAAUCAAUAAGGACUUUGACAUAGAAAGCAGUACAAUAAAACUGAUAAACAAAACAGAUCAGAACAAGUCUGUUGUGAAAACAGACAACAUCACUCCACAUGAAUUUAGAUAUAAAAAGAGUGGAAUGGUUUGUUUCUGGUAUGAUAUAAUUAAACCUAACAUCUUACUAAAAAAAGACAACCAUUUUGUGGACGAAGAGAACACGUGUAUACUACAGACAACCAUUAAAAUAAACCACCAUAUGAAGACACACGAAUAACUUUACCACGUGGACUAUGAUGACUUGAUCAGUGUAUAUUUAUGAUGUUGACCAGGACAAAAUAAUCUUUCUAGAAAAUAACUUGCGUAGAUAAUGGUAAACUAAUCAUUUCAGAAAUUGAUAUGAUCAUAUUUGAAAAUGAAUUUUUUUAGAAUGUAUUCAUAAUGCUAAUGAUUAAUGUGAUUGUUCUGGAAAAUGGAUUAUUGUAAUUGUUAAAUUGUAAUAUUCUGAUUCCUACUUGAGAGAACUCAAUCAAUUCAUAUGGAUGACACUUUUCCCAUAAAGACGUUGAAGAUGUUGUAUAUGUAACAAGUAAUAGUGAAAAUGAUUUUCAUACUGAAGGGGUUCCCUAUUCAUGAUCACUAGCUGAAUGUACAAUUUGGCUUAACACAAUUCACACAAACUAGAUCAUUUCGGGACUAACAUAUGGUUCAAUUUUUAUUUCAAUAAUUCGCUUGAGCGCAGGGAUCUUUAGCUAUAGGAGGAAAUAGGCGCACCUGGAAAAAACACACGAGGUUCGACAGGCGUAACCAUUCGGCCAUCCAACCCCCUUUAAAUAAGACUAUUUCCACUUAACAAAAUGGUUAAUGUUAGGACAUAUUUGGGUAAACGUAGUUCCCUUGUCUUUAAGGGGUCAAUUUAGGGUUAUGGUUUUGAACGAUCCACAAAUUAUUAAAUUAAAUACGGCGUACAGUUUGGGGCUGGACUGAACGAGACUAUAACAAUGACAAAGCAUGUC